UCCACCUUCGCGAACACGGUGGACCCGUGGCUGCGUGAUGCCCUCGACUUAUCAGAAGCCGGCAUGGGGGCAUGUGUGCCUCCGCAGCGUCGCAUCAGGCUAUGGGUCCACCUCUGCCAGCAGAAUAAAUACUCGGCACUCCCAGGCGAGCCCUUGGCAGCAGUAACACUGUGUGCCACAGUCCUCGUGAACACCGCUGUUCGACUGCUGUGCGAGCCUUGGUCUUCUUGUUUGCUCUUCCAAGACACGCCUAAUUCGUCUGUGGCGGCUUGGUCUUCUUGUUUCCUUGAGAGGCUUUCCGCCAAUUUCCUUCCAUUUUUCCAUCUUCCUUCUCUCCUGCUCUCUCUUGACCUCUCGCAGUUUCGCAUCAUACGGCCAAGAGUCCCUUCCGCCGCCUCUUCUGCUUCACCAGCCGCCAGUCGACCAAACAAUGGCCGAUUUUGGACCCCGUGCUCCCCACGGCCCCGAUAUGACGGGUGACCAUGCGCCUCUCGAGGACAUGGACAUUCACGAGAAGGGCGCCUUCGACUCCCUCAUCCGUCCCGACGACAGUUACACCCCAGAGGGUGUCUACUGGGCCGAUCUCCCCAUCCUCAAGAAAAUCAAGUUUGUCAGCUCGUACGACGCCCAGGAAACCAGGCGCGAGUUGAAGGGCAUAUGGCAGAUGUUCAAGAAUGACCCCUUGUCCCCCGUUUCCUACUACUUCAAGAACAUGGUUCUGCCGGGUGCUGGUUUGGGUCUGGAAGGUUACGUCCUGUUCUCCAUCGGAAACAUCAAACCCUUGUUCUCCGCCGCAUUCCCCGAAUGCUGGGGAAAGAAUGCUAAGAUCUGCAACAAACAAUGGAUCAAUGCCGUCGACUACCUUGAAAUCGUUGGUAUCAUUGUCGGCCAGAUUCUCGUCGGUGUUCUUGGUGAUUGGAUUGGUCGUCGGUGGGGUCUUAUUCAAGAUGCCGCAAUCAUGACCACCGGUCUUGUUAUGCUCACGGCCGCUUGGGGUGUUACCCAGAACGGUUGGGUCAUUUGCUAUGCCUGGUCCUUGUUCUUCUACAGCGUCGGUGUUGGUGGUGAAUACCCCAUGACUGCUACCUCCGGUAUGGAGGGCGCUGUCGGCUCCGGCAAGAUUUCCACCAAGGAGGAUCGCCUUCACCGUGGCCGCAAGGUCACCAGUGCCUUCUUGAUGCAAGGUUGGGGCCAAUUCUUCAACCAGGUCCUCCUCAUUUUCUUGCUGCUCUGUUUCCACCACGGAAGUGGCAACCCUCCCUACUCGACCGUUGCUGCCCAGUGGACUUACCGGGUCUCUUUCGCCAUUCCCGCUGUCGGCACCCUUUGGCUCGUCUACUACCGUGCCUACCACAUGAGGGCGGCCAGCAAGCAGCUCACUGCUGCCAAGAAGAAGGCAUCCGUCACCGGUUACGAUGUCGAGUCGCUCAGGUUGACCUUCAAGCACUUUGGCUUCCGUGUUCUGGCCACCGCUGGUGCUUGGUUCGCCAACGACGUCUUCUUCUACGGCAACAAGCUCUUCCAGAGCGAGUUUAUCAGCGUCAUCAGCCCGCAUAGCAAAUCCAUCAUGCCCGGCUGGCUAUGGAACUUGGUCAACGUUGGUGUGUCGCUCGUUGGUUACUACCUGGCCUCCUUCUUGAUCGACAACAAGCUCUACGGCCGCAAGCACAUGCAGAAUCUCGGUUUCCUCAUGAUGUUCAUUCUCUUCGUCAUUCCCGGGUUCCAUUUCCAUUACUACACAACGCCUGAGCACAUCAAGGAAUUCCAGACUAUGUACUUCCUCAGCUCGUUCUUCAAUCAGUUCGGUCCCAACUCGGUUACCUUCCUCGUCGCUGCAGAGGUCUAUCCUACCCCCAUCCGUGCCACUGCCCACGGUAUCUCUGCCGCUUGCGGUAAACUCGGUGCCCUCAUGGCUUCCGUUAUGUACAACUACAUCUCGACGACGGAGAAGUUCCACGUCGUCACAUGGUUCGGUCUCGGUGGCAUGCUUCUGACUUGGCUUUUCCUCCCCGACACCACCGGUCUCGACUUGCAGGAGCAGGAGCGUCGUUGGGCAUUCAUCCGUGCCGGCCGCGAGUAUGAUUACCAUGGUCCGGCUAUUCAUCCCAAGCAUCUGUCUGUGUGGGAGCGCUUCCGUGGCGUCGGCAAGAACUACAAUGCCGAAUUAGACUACAAGCAGAAGGUCGAGGAAUUCCGUGCUGAGUGGGAAGCGGUCAUGGCCCAGAAAUUCUCUGAGAAGGUCGGCCAUGACGAUACUAUUGACACUGACUCCCCUCUCUUGAACGGCCACAUCCACAACUACUUCCACCGCACAAGCCCCAUGUUCAAGGGAGCUGAGCAACCUGCCUCCAAGACGGACAACUUCGCGUUGCCUCCUGCCGCACAGGGGAACGAUAUCAAUGGAAUCCAUAAUGAGAAGCAAUAGACGCGACUCCAUUGAUGGCAAUAUAACCUCACUUUGAUGUUCUCCUGCUCCUUGAUAUCCCUAUUUGUUUAUUGUUUUGGCUUGUGAAUAAACAUUUUCCUCUCUUAGUUUGCAUACCCUUCUGUUUUUGAAUAGAGAGCGGACGCCGACGUUUAUAUAUCCAGAUGAUCAUUAUGUAUUAAUGCUUAUAAAAUGAAUUUAUAUGCUUCAUCUACU